UGCCUCUCGGGCCGGGAUCUCUAUGGGGCGACCGGCGAUGCGAUGAGCCCGGGCGGGAGCCGGACCGGGGCCAGCGCCGCGCACGGGCAGCGGGGCUCCUCCAUGGGGGCUCGGCCGCAGUAGGAGCGGCAUCUCCCCGGGGUGCGAUCCGCCACCCCCCCUCCCCCUCGGGCCUCCUGAGGAGGAUGGCGACGGCGGCCGCCCCGACCCAGCUCGAAGCCGAGCUCUACUACCUGAUCGCCCGGUUCCUGCAGUCCGGACCCUGCAAGAAAUCCGCCCAGGUGCUGGUGGAGGAGCUGGAGGAGCACCAGCUGAUCCCCCGGCGCCUGGACUGGCAGGGCAAGGAGCACCGCCGGAGCUUCGAGGACCUGGUGGCUGUCAAUGCACACAUCCCUCCAGAUUAUCUUCUUAGGAUCUGUGAGAGACUUGGACCCCUUUUAGACAAGGAAAUCCCACAGAGUGUCCUAGGUGUGCAGACUUUGCUGGGCGUCGGGCGCCAGUCUCUACUGAGGGCAGCAAAAGACUUCAGACAUACGCUAUGGAAAGGAUCUGCAUUUGCGGCUCUUCACAGAGGCCGGCCUCCAGAGCUACCUGUAAAUUAUGGGAAACCACCAAACGUGGUAAAUAUAAUUUCUGCCAGGCAAUUAACUGGAUGUGGACGUUUCAGCCACUUGUUCCCAACAUCUACUUACCAACACAUGAAGAUGCACAAGAGGAUUUUGGGACAUCUAUCAUCUGUUUAUUGUAUAGCCUUUGAUCGCAGUGGGAGAAGGAUUUUUACAGGGUCAGAUGAUUGUUUGGUCAAAAUCUGGGCUACAGAUGAUGGGCGCCUGCUCUCAACAUUGCGAGGACACUCGGCUGAAAUUUCUGACAUGGCUGUUAACUAUGAGAACACGUUGCUUGCUGCAGGCAGUUGUGAUAAAGUAGUCCGAGUAUGGUGUCUUCGAACCUGUGCCCCAGUCGCAGUGCUGCAGGGCCAUUCAGCUUCCAUUACUUCCAUACAGUUCUCUCCGGCAAGGAAAGGGACAACACGAUACCUCACUUCUACUGGUGCUGACGGAACAAUCUGUUUCUGGCAGUGGCAUGCUAACACCAUGAAAUUUAAGGAUCGUCCUGUAAAAUUUGCAGAGAGGUCCAGGCCUGGGGUUCAGAUAUCUUGUUCAUCUUUCAGUUCCGGUGGCAUGUUCAUUGCAACAGGUAGUACUGACCACGUGAUAAGAAUUUAUUAUUUGGGCUCAGAAUCUCCAGAGAAAAUGGCCGAGUUAGAAUCUCAUACGGACAAAGUGGUUGCAGUCCAGUUUUGUAACAAUGGUGACAGCUUAAGAUUUGUCAGUGGAAGCAGAGACGGAACAGCAAGAAUAUGGCACUAUCAGCAGCAAGAUUGGAAGAGUGUGGUCCUGGAUAUGGCUACUAAAAUGACAGGAAACAAUGUAGCAUCUGGGGAGGACAAAGUGACUAAACUGAAGGUUACUAUGGUGGCUUGGGAUAGAUACGAUGCCACUGUCAUCACUGCGGUCAACAAUUUCCUUCUCAAAGUGUGGAACUCAUCCACAGGGCAGCUUCUUCAUAGCUUAUCUGGUCACGAUGAUGAAGUUUUUGUUCUGGAGGCCCAUCCGUUUGACCAAAGGAUCGUACUGUCAGCAGGUCAUGAUGGAAAUAUUUUUGUUUGGGAUAUAGACAAAGGAACAAAAAUUCGCAAUUACUUUAACAUGAUUGAGGGACAAGGCCAUGGAGCUGUUUUUGAUUGCAAGUUCUCACCAGAUGGACAGCAUUUUGCCUGCACAGACUCUCAUGGACAUCUGCUACUAUUUGGUUUUGGAUGCAAUAAAUAUUAUGAAAAGAUUCCAGAUCAGAUGUUCUUCCAUACGGAUUACCGACCACUGAUCCGUGAUGCAAAUAACUAUGUGUUGGAUGAACAGACUCAACAGGCUCCACAUCUUAUGCCUCCUCCAUUCUUGGUGGAUGUUGAUGGAAAUCCUCAUCCCACGAGAUUCCAGCGGCUGGUACCAGGGAGGGAAAAUUGCAAGGAUGAACAACUUAUUCCUCAGCUGGGAUAUGUAGCUAAUGGUGAUGGUGAAGUAGUUGAACAAGUGAUUGGGCAGCAAACUAAUGACCAGGAUGAAAGUAUCCUUGAUGGAAUGAUCAGAGAGCUACAGAGGGAGCAAGAUCUGAGACUAAUUAAUGAAGGAGAAACUCUUCCAAGCCCUCCACUCAAUAGAUCCCACUCCGUAAAUGGAGCUCUUCGAAGUCCAGGUUUGGAUGUUGCAUCUCCACCAAACGUUGGUCUCCGGAGAAGUGGUCAGAUCGAAGGGGUCCGGCAAAUGCAUCACAACGCUCCCCGCAGUCAAAUGGCAACAGAGAGAGAUCUCAUGGCAUGGAGCAGGAGAGUAGUGGUGAAUGAGCUUCCUCCAGGCAUCAGCAAGGUCCAGGAAGAAUGUCGAGCUGCCAAAGGUGAAAUUGAAAUUAGUUUAUACACUGUUGAAAAGAAGAGAAAGCCAUCCCACACCUUGCAACGGAACGAUUACCAACCAGGAAGUGGAAGGUCUUUGAGAAGAAACCAGCGCAAGCGCCAGCAUGCCUACCAAACACGGUCGACCAUAGAACACAGUCAGCAAGGCGCAAGUCAAAAUGCCUGUGCACGGGGAGAAUCAGACAGCUCCUCAGAGGAAGAUGAGACUGUUGGCACAAGUGAUGCAUCUAUGGAUGAUCCUGUGGCAGCAUGGCAAAGUGAAAGCAGUUCCAGUGAUUCAUCAAGUGAAUAUUCUGACUGGACAGCAGAUGCUGGAAUUAAUCUCCAGCCUCCAAAGAGACAAACCAGGCAGGCAGCUCGGAAAAUCUGUAGCAGUUCUGAAGAUGAAAAUAUGAAAGGAACAAAAGGACUGGAGCCAAAACGAAGGAAACUUAAACAGCCUAGAAAAAAGAAACCAAGUGGACUGCUUUCGAUGGAAGGUGAACCCAGUGAAGAAUGGCUUGCCCCGCAGUGGAUCCUGGACACUAUACCCCGCCGCUCACCUUUCGUCCCACAAAUGGGAGAUGAGAUCAUAUACUUUAGGCAAGGCCAUGAAGCUUAUGUGCGGGCAGUAAGGAAAGCAAAAAUAUACAGUAUUAACAUGCAAAAACAACCAUGGAACAAAAUGGAACUCAGGGAACAAGAAUUUGUGAAGACUGUAGGAAUUAAAUAUGAAGUUGGGCCUCCUACACUCUGCUGCUUGAAGCUUGCAUUCCUAGAUCCGAUCACAGGCAAGAUGACAGGAGAAUCAUUUUCCAUAAAGUACCAUGAUAUGCCAGAUGUUAUUGACUUCCUUGUGCUGCAUCAGUUUUAUAAUGAAGCCAAAGAAAGGAACUGGCAAAUAGGAGAUAGAUUUCGCAGUAUAAUAGAUGAUGCUUGGUGGUUUGGAACUGUGGAGAGUCAGCAGCCUUUCCAGGCAGAAUAUCCAGAUAGUUCCUUCCAGUGCUACUGCGUUCACUGGGACAAUAAUGAAAGAGAGAGGAUGAGUCCAUGGGACAUGGAACCGAUUCCAGAAGGAACUGCGUAUCCAGAGGAGGUUGGUGCUGGAGUUCCUGUGACUCCAGAUGAGCUGACAGCUCUUCUCUACAAACCCCAGGAAGGAGAAUGGGGAGCCCAUUCCAGAGAUGAAGAAUGUGAACGAGUAAUCCAGGGGAUUGAGCAACUUCUUUCCCUUGACAUUUCUAAUCCCUUUGCUGUUCCGGUGGACCUUAGUGCCUAUCCCAUGUAUUGCACUGUUGUUGCUUAUCCAACUGACCUCACCACGAUCAGGAGGAGACUUGAAAACAGGUUUUAUAGGAGAAUCUCUGCCCUGAUGUGGGAGGUACGAUACAUUGAACAUAAUGCCAGGACCUUCAACGAGCCAGACAGUCCUAUAGUCAAAGCAGCCAAAAUUGUAACAGAUGUCUUACUUCGCUUCAUCGGGGAUCAGAGUUGUACUGAUAUAUUAGAAAUAUAUAACAAGGUGAAAGCGGAAGAUCUAAGCAGUACUGAUGAAGAAGAGGAGGUGGCAGAAGUAGAUGUGGAUUCAGAUGCUCCAGGAACUUCCUCUGGAAAAAGACGAGUAAGACGACAAAUAAGAAGACAGCCCAUGAAAGCAAGUCCCGAUGCUUGGAAAGAACAAUGCAAGCAGUUGUUAAACCUGAUUUAUGAAAGAGAGGACUCUGAGCCUUUUAGACAGCCAGUUGAUCUCUUCUCCUAUCCUGAUUAUCGAGAUAUUGUAGACACUCCUAUGGACUUCAGCACUGUGAAAGAAACCUUGGAAGCAGGAAACUACAUUAGUCCCUUGGAAUUCUACAAAGAUAUUCGUUUAAUAUUCUGCAACUCUAAAGCUUACACUCCUAAUAAAAAGUCUCGAAUUUACAGCAUGACACUUCGACUAUCUGCCUUAUUUGAAAACCAUAUGAAAAAUAUCAUCUCUGAGUACAAGUCAGCAAUGCAAUGUCAGAAGAGGAGAAGGCCACGGUACCGAAAACGGCUAAGAAGCAGUAGCAGUUCACCCUCAACUAGCAGAGCAUCUAGCCCAAAAGGGAAACAGAAACAAAUGAAGAUUCAACCUAAACCCAACCAGAAUACCUCACUGCCUUUGACUAGGACUAGCUCUUCAGUUUCAUCUCAUGUUUCAGAUACAGCAGAAGAACCUCUGGGAUCAGCCAUUGGUGAAGAUAUGGAAGGUCAGCCAUCGUCCUCAGGCUCAAAUGCACAGAAUCGAAGUGGAAAUACCAUUGAUCCAGGGAAAAGUAGACCAAUCAGGAGUAAAUCUACACCAGUGAAACAAGAUCACUCUCCUGAUGGACCACUUACAAAUGGUGAUGGCAGAGAACCUCGGACAGGAGUCAAGAGGAAGUUAGUAAGUGCAUCAGAAGAAGAUGAGCACCUGGAGGAGGUGGAGGAAGAGGAAAAGAAAAAGAGAGAAUUAAAGGAAAAACCUGGUUUAUCUUCAUCAGAAAGCAGGGAGUCGGGAUCCAGUUCAAGUUCUGAAAGCAGAAGUGGCUCUGAUUCAGACUCUGAAUCAACAUCUAGAACAGAUCAGGAUUACAUUGAUGGAGACCAUGACUACAGCAAAGUUGUGCAAUCCAAGAAACCCAAAAGAAAAAUCAAAAGAAAAAUCACCGGUGGGAAACGGAAUUGGCAGGGCAGAGGGACAGGGAGGAGAGGUAGAUGGGGGAGGUGGGGGAGAUGGAGCAGAGGGGGAAGAGGUGGUAGAGGCGGAAGAGGCUGUGGCAGAGGAAGAGGUGGUGGCAGGGGAGGAAGAAGAGGCCGAGGAGGCAGAGGAGCCUCUCGAGGAGCCACCAGAGCAAAACGUGCCCGAAUUACAGAUGAUGAGUUUGAAAACCUGUUUGGAGGACAGUUUGGUGAAAACGUGUUUGGAGGGCGGUUCAGUAGACCGCCUCGAAUCAAAACAAGGAACGAGGGCAGGAGAACUGUCUUGUACAAUGACGAUUCUGAUAAUGACAAUUUUGUGCACACCGAGGAUCCGUUGAACCUUGGUACUUCCAGGUCAGGCAGGGUGCGGAAAAUGACAGAAAAAGCCAGGGUCAGCCAUCUCAUGGGAUGGAACUAUUGACAGAUGAAAAACUUUGGAACAAUUUUAAAAAGAACUUCAAUGGCCUUCUACUGCAGGGAUUUUACCAGAAAAUCUACCAAGCAAGUUGUGCGGGGACUCCACUCACCUUUCACAGUGGUGCUUUUCCAUUAUGUCAGUUUGUGUUUGUUUUAAAACUUCAGAUCGCCACACUUCAUUGGUCAAACAAGCCUUAUUCAUUAGGCCUUAAAUUACAGAAAUUCUUCCCCACACACUACAAGUUCAUCACAUUAAAGAGGCUUCCAGCUUCUCAAUAAGAACAUGACCUUUUGAGUCACAAUUAUGACUUCUCUCCCUCGUUUUGUUUUUGUAUUAUAGAAAUAGCACCUUCUUACAGAGUUUUUAUGUGGUUUCUGCCAUAAAUCCUUAUACACAGUAAUAAUUAUAACUUUUGCACAAUACACCAAUCCUAAAGGCAGCUAUAAAAUGUUUACAGUUUCUAUAUUGUAAGAAGGAUCUGGAUUAUUUUAAUCUUCCCAGGCCAAAUGUUCAUGAAUUGUGCUGAACUGAAGUAUGUCUAUACUACAGUUACGGGGGUCCUGAUGUGCUUUCUAUCGGUUCUUUAUUCAUGUAAAAAGUGACAAAGGGUUGGUGCCUUGUAAAUAUGUAGCAAACCUUUGAUGUGGUGUGUCCUAUGUGUGCAUUAACUUUAUUAAAAAGAGAAUACUUGAGAAGUAUGAAUAUCUAGACAAAAGGUGCCAAAUGCAAAAGUUACUUGCAUCUAUUUUCUUUUUGUCCUCUCAUAUUUUUAUAGUAUUAAUAGAGAUUGUGCAGCUAAGGGGUAACUUCAACAUUUGAAAGGUUCCUCCUCUUCAAAGCAUAACGUGAUUUUUAAUAGUAGCUCAGCUACCUCUAUUUACAACUACUGGAAACUUAAAAGAAAAUAGAUGCUGUUAUUCAGAACAUGUUGAAGAAGAGGCGAGAAGGAGCGUAGAGGGCUAGAACGGCUUGCGAAGUUGUAGAAUAACUAUAUCUUCCUUAUAUUGACACAAUGAAAACAGAUCUAAGUUGUUAUCCGAGGUUUCAGAAGCAUGAUGUUAACAGCAGAUGGUGAUUUGUUUGUGUAGAUAGGCCAACUGCCUCCCACACGUUUCUGCUGCCACUUGCUUGGUGCAAAUCCGUGUGUAGUUUAAUUUGCCCCUCAAAGGUGAUGAGGGAGUUGGACGGAGCUGGGGUGCUCUGGUGGCAGUAUGGAGAACUGGUCAUCUCCUCCAGAUGGACUCUUGUGUCUCGAGCUUCCAGAAGAGAAUUUGUGUUGCACUGUACUCUUGUUAAAAUGCUAACUUGAAAACAGAAAUUGUUUUGGUAGUAAUAGUACAGUAUGUGACGAUGUUUGCAGUCUUGCUCUUCGGUGAACAGAAAGAGGUGCUUGGCGUGGGCUGAGCUGGGGAUGAGUGGCCUCUUGCUUCGUAGGCUGGAAUAUAUAUGGGACUUCAAUUUUCUCCCGUUGUCUAAAUGAGUCUGACAGUUCUCACUUGGUUAAGAGAGUGAGUUAGAUUACACAGAGAGAACAAACCCAAAAAGAAACUAGAAGGUUUUGGUGGAGUUUUUCAAGGUUUUUGGUUUUUUUUAAACUUUCAUCCAGUAUCCUUAAGUUCUUCCGUGCACAGCUUGGUCAAUAAUUCUGGAAAACCUCAGGCAGCAAAAAGUGACCCAUGUAUAUUCUCAGAUGCAGAAGUUUAAUUUUUGACUUUCUAUAUUAAGCACUAGCUAUUUUAUCUCGCUUUCCAAAAACUCUAGUUAGAUGCAAAAUGACUUGAAAAAAUGCAGAGGUUUAGUUUUGUGAAGGAGGAAAGUAUAUCCUAAAUCGCUCAGAGCAUUAAUAUGAGUUUAUGGUACAGUACAAAUAUCACACUUUUAAUUUUGUAACAGAUGUUUUGAAUCGGCCGUAAUCUGUUUCUGGACUUAAUUUAGUUGUGUUUUGAUGGGGAGGGUGGGGAAGUGCAGAGGCUCUCCUAGUUCUGUAUUGGGCUUUAAAAUAUAAACACCUGUCCUAUCAUCUCUCUCAUAUAUAUGUAUAUAUAUACACACAUAUAUAUUUAUAAGAAAUGUAUUAUUUGUUUGACUGAUUGGUCCUCCUACAUAUGGUAACCAGGAAUAGCAUGUAUGCAUCAGUUCAUAGCCAGAAUCACACCCCUUCUAGAUCAGUCCCAUUGAGCUCAUGUAGACACUAUGGUUUCUGUUCUAAAGCCUGAAAAUCUUGAAAUGCAAAAGAAAUGUUUUUGAUAUAUUUCUGACUGGCCGAAGAUUCACUUACUUAUUUAUUUUGUGUAGGGGUUGGGGAGAGAUAAAACACGUGGAUUCCAGAGAAAUCAUUUUAUAAAUUUGUGUAUUUUAGCAGCAAUUAGAAUAAUAUUAAAUAUGUUCUUAAAUGUAUCUUUUCUAUGUAAUGAAGUACUGUGAAGAUAACAGUGAAGCAUCACUUUGCUGUGGCGUAAGUAUUAAUCACGUGUUACAUGAUUAAGAGCUAGACAGCAGGGUGUGCUAGAACAACAGAACUAUUGCUUAUUGUAAAAAAAAAAAGCUUUUUUUUGUGCAUGACAACCUUUUGUAAGCAUGAGAAAAAUAACUUGGGUUUAGAGAUGUUAUUUUUACUUGGUUUUGUAUCUGGAUUCUUUUUCUGAGUUAGGCAAUUGAUUUCUCAUAGCCUUGUUCUGUGGAAUUAUAGCUUCGUAGUAACUUGGACACUUCUUCUCAAACCCCAAAUCCUUUUAGGAGCCACUUGUGGUUGCAGAAAACUUAGUGUCAGCCCAACUGGUGCAGCAGGAGCAGUAAAAUGGUUUAAAUCUUGUACCAUCUUGCCCCCUGAUCCAAAACCUGGGUGCUCAGCCAGCACCUCAUGAAGCAGCCAAGCUCCUAGUCUGUCGAGCGUGUUGCAGAGUCAGGACCAUCGUCUCUCUCCUUGCACUUUCAACAAAAAACCCCAAGACUCUGCCUAAGAAAAGGGUUUGAAGGUCUGAUUAUCAGAUUCCCAAAAGCGGACAAGGCAUGUGGGCAGGCCAGGGGUUCCCCUGCUGCUGCAGGGUCAGUGCUUGCACAUCAGUGCUUCAGAGCUUUCUCUAGCUGUGCAGUCUUGCGUGAUGCCUCUCCCGAGUUGCCGGGGCACUCAAGGCAUUCGGAGGCACCUUGGAAAACAGGACUUUACUAGCAGCAGAGUGUGAGCCCAUGAGUUCCGUCCUCUGGAGAUGGGGCUUAAUAUCUUGUGAGUCCCUUCAUCUGCAGAUUGCUCCUAGAUACAAAUCCUCUGGCUCUGAGCGCUCCCAUUUCUUCCCAGAUCAGGGUGUGAAUGACGAAGCAUAUUUUGCAGUAGUGAUGUGCUGUUGUCUCAGUUCAGCCCAAACUUUGCCUGCUUUUUAUUCUAUCACCUUUUGGUUUUCCUCUUUGCCAUGCUCCACCUCUCUUCUUUCACUUCCCUUUAUUGCUCCUCUAGGCUAUUUAUGAUACUCUUUCAGAAACUUAGGAUAUCUUGAUGAAUUUUAUUUUGACUAGGCUGUAGGAUUUAAUUCUGUCUUUUUUCCCAAGACUUUCUGUAUAUUUUAGCUCUGCCUUACUUUGCUUACUAGCAACACUCCCAAAUUGCUGGGGGUGGAUUUAAUGAAGAUGGGAAGUUUGAGGGCUGGCUUCUCGGCUGCUCUGGGGCCAUCUGUACCAUGUGUGGGAACACUGCUGGAUCAGAGCAGGCAGCACAUGGCUUCCCUUGCUUAGACGCAGGCAGUUGCAGAGAGCACAGCAGUGAACUACUAACUCCCUUUGUGCUUCCUUACACAUGGCUAUGUACAACAGCACUUAGUUCCACCUGGUAUCCCUUACCACGCAUGCUCCGGGUCUCCUGAACAACUCCUUUUUAACCUUGCUAUGUGAAUAGCUGUUAACAUAACCCUUGUAGAAUUCAUGUGCUUCCAGCCUCAUGAGGUAUUUCUAUUUUAAAUAACCCAUGAAACUUACGUUGGUGCUUGAACUUCGAUGGGUCUGGGCAGUUCUAUCACUCCUCUGUCUUCCUAUCACUCCUUUCCACAUAAACUAAGCAGAGGCCACCCCAUUAUCCCAGUCAACCCCACUCUAUAGAUAAUCAAGCUAAAUAUAAUCAUGAAGAAAUAAUUUGUGGAGGAUUUUUGGCUGCUUAAAAUUUUGUUGCAUAUUUUAAUUUCCCCUGAAUGUUUCCUUCAGUGUACACUUUGGCUGCUUCUCCCGCACAAAAGCGGAAGGACAGUGCAGUACACAGAGCACUGACAACAGCUGACUCUGGGUGCGUAGUAAAGAGAGUUUCCAAGUAACUUAAAAAAUAUGGAAAGGCCAACGACAGUGUGUUGCUUUUGACAAUGUUUAGAGGCUCUCUUGACUGCAAAAAGCAAGAUGAACCUCAUCAAGCACUUGAAAAUGCCGCUUCUGGGUGUCUCCAGAAUGUUUGUGACAA